UUAGAAGAGAGAGGUACACUACUCCCACUCCCACUCCCACUCUGUGAUCAAAGAUGGCGGUUGUUCUUGAUGCCUUCAUCUCCGGGCUGGUCGGUACGUUGAAGGACAUGGCUAAAGAGGAGGUGGACUUGCUGUUGGGCGUCCCCGGGGAGAUCCAAAACCUCCAACGAUCUCUCCGCAACAUCCACUCUGUCCUUCGCGUCGCCGAGAAGCGGCGGAUCGAGGACGAGGACGUCAACGACUGGCUGAUGGAGCUCAAGGAUGUCAUGUACGACGCCGACGACCUCCUCGACGAGUGCCGGAUGGAGGCCGAGAAGUGGACUCCUCGUGAGUCCGAUCCGAAGCCGUCCACCUCGUGCGGAUUUCCCUUCUUUGCUUGCUUUCGCGAGGUCAAGUUCAGACAUGCGGUGGGCGUCAAAAUCAAGGAUCUCAACGAUCGGCUGGAAGAGAUCUCGGCCCGAAGGUCCAAGUUGCAACUCCAUGUGUCUGCGGCCGAACCAAGGGUGGUUCCUCGAGUUAGUCGCAUAACUUCCCCCGUGAUGGAGUCUGACAUGGUUGGCGAGCGGCUGGAGGAGGACGCCGAGGCACUGGUGGAGCAGCUGACAAAGCCAGAUCCGAGUAAGAACGUGGUGGUGCUGGCAAUUGUGGGGAUCGGCGGCAUCGGAAAGACCACCUUCGCUCAGAAGGUGUUCAAUGAUGGUAAAAUCAAAGCCAGCUUCCGCACCACCAUCUGGGUGUGCGUGUCCCAAGAAUUCAGCGAGACGGAUCUUCUCAGAAAUAUCGUUAAAGGUGCUGGUGGAAGCCAUGGUGGAGAACAGAGCAGGAGUCUGCUGGAGCCCUUGGUGGAGGGUCUCCUGAGAGGGAACAAGUUCUUGCUGGUGUUGGAUGAUGUCUGGGAUGCUCAGAUCUGGGACGACUUGCUCCGCAAUCCUUUGCAGGGAGGAGCAGCAGGCAGCAGGGUGCUGGUGACCACCAGAAACGCAGGGAUCGCGAGGCAGAUGAAGGCGGCCCACGUCCACGAGAUGAAGCUGCUGCCUCCGGAGGAUGGCUGGCAGCUCCUGUGCAAGAAGGCGACGAUGAAUGCAGAGGAGGAAAGGGAUGCCCAAGAUCUCAAGGACACAGGCAUGAAGAUUGUUGAGAAAUGCGGAGGGCUUCCCCUGGCCAUCAAGACCAUCGGAGGGGUCCUCCGCGACAGAGGACUCAACAGAAGUGCGUGGGAGGAAGUUCUCCGCAGCGCCGCAUGGUCACGGACCGGGCUUCCCGAAGGUGUGCAUGGAGCACUGUAUCUGAGCUACCAAGACCUGCCGUCCCAUCUCAAGCAAUGCUUUCUCUACUGCGCCUUGUUCCGAGAAGAUUUUGAUUUUGAGAGUCCUGAAAUCGUCAGAUUCUGGAUAGCCGAGGGGUUUGUCGAAGCACGAGGAGAUGUCAGCUUGGAGGAAACAGGGGAGCAAUAUUACAUAGAGCUGCUUCAUAGGAGCCUUCUACAAUUGCAACCCUACGAUCUGGACUACGGUGAGUAUUCCAGGAUGCAUGACCUGCUGCGAUCGCUCGGCCAUUUCCUAUCGAAAGAUGAGAGCUUGUUCAUUAGUGACGUGCAAAAUGAGUGGAGAAGUGCUGCCGCCCCGAUGAAGCUGCGUCGGUUGUCGAUUGUGUCCACUGAAACCACGGACAUCCAGCAUAUCGUCAGUUUGAUCAAGCAACAUGAGUCGGUGAGGACAUUGUUAGUACAUGGCUAUGCGAAGGAUAUAGAUGAUUACUUGAAGAACUUUGUGCGACUUAGAGUCCUCCAUCUCAUGGGCAGAAAUAUCCAGAGCCUACCACACUACAUGGGAAAUUUGAUACACUUGAGAUACUUGACGGUGUCUCAGAGCCAUAUAACGGAGCUUCCAGAAAGCAUAUGCAAUCUGACGAAUUUGCAGUUUUUGAUCCUUUUUCGAUGUAGACGGUUGACACAGAUCCCCCAAGGUAUAGUAAGACUAGUCAAUCUAAGGGCACUCGAUUGUAAAGGUACACGGCUGGAGAGCUUUCCAUAUGGAAUAAAAAGGUUGAAGCACCUCAAUGAACUCCAAGGAUUCGUCGUGAACACGGGCAUUGGUAUGUGCCCAUUGGAAGCAUUAUGCGGCCUCCAGGAGCUCAGAUACCUCUCCAUUCACAGGUUGGAGAGGGCGUGGCUGGAAGCUGAACCGGGAAGAGAUACGAGCGUCUUAAAGGGUAAACAAAAACUGAAGAAUCUAUAUUUAGGGUGCUCAUUCACAUACCAUGGUCACACGGAGGAAGAGAUUGAAAGAAUCGAGAAGGUGUUGGAUGUGGCACUUCAUCCACCAUCAUCUGUUGUUAUGCUCAGUUUAGAGAAUUUGUUCGGCCGCCGGUACCCAAGCUGGAUGGCGUCUGCAAGCAUCAGUUCGCUUCUUCCAAACAUAAGACACUUGGAACUAAUUGACUGCUAUGACUGGCCACUGCUUCCACCGCUAGGAAAGCUCCCCAGUUUGGAGUUUCUUGUCAUACGAGGUGCACGUGCAGUGACAACCAUCGGACCGGAAUUUUUUGGGUGUGAAGCUGCUGCUGCUACUGGAAAUGAUCGUGAACGGAAUUCAAAGCUCCCUUCUUCUUCUCCUCCUCCUCCUUCGUUGUUUCCGAAACUAAGGCAGCUGGAACUCAGGAAAAUGACUAACAUGGAAGUGUGGGAUUGGGUAGCGGAAGGCUUUGCUAUGCGUCGCCUCGACAAAUUGGACCUCGUAAAUUGCCCCACGUUGAAGUCCCUACCGGAAGGCCUGAUCCGACAGGCAACCUGCUUAACCACAUUGAAUCUGAGGGAUGUGUGUGCUCUCAAGUCCAUCAGAGGUUUCCCUUCUGUAAAAGAACUGAGUAUACGUGGUGACUCAGAUCUGGAGAUUGUUACUGAUCUCCCUGCACUGGAGGUAUUGGAGUUGGGCGAGUUUUUGCUUCCAAACAAUCAUUUACCAGAGUGGUUGGCGGAUUUCACUAUGCUACAGAGACUGGACGUAUGGGGAACCACCCAACUCCUCCGCAGAUGCCUCCAAAAUGGCGCAGACUGGCCCAUGAUCAAACACUUUCCAAAUUUUUCCAUCAAAGAUGACCGAGGCAAUUAUAUAAACUACAUCAAGCAUUCCGGCACCUUCGAGACAAACCUAGUCGAUGAUGCUGCUGCUGCUGCUGAAGAAGAAGAAGAAGGAGAAGACAUCAAUGAGCUUUGAGAGAGAUCGACAUCAUUCACGAUGUAAUUGGCAGUCAUGUCUAAAAUGAUCAUUGCAAAUGGAGCUGACCGUGGAAAGUCCGAGACUUUUGAGCGGAAAUGCAGAUCGAGAGGUUGGUUGCGACUCAUACUAAAUUCCUAUGAUAUGGUGUUGAAACUACAUUCCCAAGAUAUGGUGAUGAAACUAUAUAUAUUGAGGAACAUACAGAUCAUGUGUUGUGGAAUUACUGUAGAACUAAGAUGCAGACCUGUGAGUCAGUCAAAUAUUUGACAGACCUGUGAGACUGUCAAAUAUCAAAUAUCAGAAGAACACCAAGUGUUCUUCUGAAUAUACCUAAGAAUGACGAAACUGAAAUGAUUUCUCCCUUCAUGAUCCAUGUUAAUGUCAAGGGAACACAGAUACCUAUUAAUCACCUACCAUAUCUAAGUUUAUUUUCAGCAAUGCAAAAGGAAACGUGCAUACUGCAAAACACGCAUAAGCACAAAAAUUCUGCUUCUCUUUUGCCUAAGAAGAAAUCAAUCAUCUGAAACAAAGUGGAAAUCUUGAUAGAUGAGAUAUAGAAUCAGUCUCGAGUUACAUGCAUCAGUGUGGUGCAUUCUUAAUACUUACCAACUACAAUGGUGUUGACUAGAGAAAGAGAAAAGUUCCAAUACACAGGUUUGUAGGUGACUCAGUCUAUUGUCUUUAAUUCUGUUCUCUAUUUUACAGUUAUGUUGAGUGUGGUAU